UAAAAAUUCGGGCAUUAUAAUUUACAAAUGUACACUAUUUUCCCCCAUAGUUAUCGUGCAAGAAUAGAAGUCUCUAGAGUAGACUUCAACAUUAUCCAUAAACGCAAUAUUCCCAUUCAUUUUCCUUUUCCUUUUCCUUUCUCAUUUUUCAAUUCCACAUAAAGUCAAAACACCACCAAAACACAUCACCUGCUUGCGCUGUCUCUGUUGACACCUCUCCCACACUCUCUCUCUCUCUCUCUCUCCAACUCUUUCUUUCUCCCGGCACAAAAAAAAAAAUAAAACAAUCCAAUCCAACAUUCAUCAACUUUCGCUAAAAUGAGUUCACCAUCAAAACCAAAUCUCGACCAUCCAAUUGCCAUCGAAAUUCAACCAUCAUCACCUCGUUACCCACUUCCACCGUCUUCCUCCUCCACCAUUUCCGCCGCCGGCGAUGAACCCCACCGGAAAAUCGCAAUUCCCGUCGAUCUCAGCGACGAGAGCGCCUUCGCUGUUCAAUGGGCUGUCCAAAACUACCUCCGUCCCUCCGACUCCGUCACACUUCUCCACGUCCAACCCACUUCCAUCCUCUACGGCGCUGACUGGGGUUCCACCCACUUCUCCGCUGCUGCCGCUGAUGCUGUUGAUGGGUCUAAUGACGAUGAGGUCAAGAAGAAGAAAUUAGAGGAUGAUUUUGAUAGUUUUACAGCGGGGAAGAUUGCUGAGUUAGCGAAACCGCUUGUGGAUGCUAAGAUUCCGUUUAGGGUUCAUGUUGUGAAGGAUCAUGAUAUGAAGGAGAGGUUGUGUUUGGAGAUUGAGAGGUUAGGGUUGAGUGUCGUCAUUAUGGGGAGUAGAGGGUUUGGGGCUUCUAGGAGGACUGUUAAAGGGAGGCUUGGGAGUGUUAGUGAUUAUUGUGUUCAUCAUUGUGUUUGUCCUGUUGUCGUUGUUCGGUAUCCCGAUGAGAAAGAGAGUGCCGGUUCCGGUGCCGAAGCCGAAGUUGGAUCUUUGCAUCCUGUGCCGGAAGAGGAUGGGUUGCACGAGGAUGUUGCUGAGUUGCACUUGCACAAAGACUAAGAGUUUUGUGCAGUUGUCAAAGGCCUGUUAAACAAGGCUCUCUCUUCUUAUCUGGUCUACGCUUUGCUUUGCAGUCGAAGGACCUGGAUUCAGUGAAAGCUGCAAGAAUCGGAUAUAUUACAAGAUUGUGUCGCUCAAUAGUUUUCAUGAGUUAAUGCAUCAAUCUUGAUUUGUAAUUUAUGGCUCUUUUGUUCCAUUACAUUACAGUUGUGAGGUUAUGUUGGUGUGCAUUGUAGCUACAUUGUUGAUGCUCAAAAUUUCUUCAGAUAUUUCUGAAUUGGUCAUAUAGGUGUUACUAUAUGGGACGUAUGAUUUCAGUGUAUCCUGUUUAGUUCAGGUGCAUAAACUGGCAACACCUAUGUAUGGAGGCCUUACAUUCAGUGGUGGAUACAGGAAAAUAAAUUUAGCGAUGGAAAUAAGUAGCCCUCCUGUCCAAGUACAAUAAUGGUUGUCAAUUUGAAAGCACAUCGUAUUAUUUACUGGGAAUUGAAAAUAAUAAUUCAUUCGGUCC